AUUGCAGGCUAUCCUCAAUUUAAAGUCGGUUCACAUGUCAAACAUUUGUCAUUUCUUGUGCAAUGGCAGACAGAGAGGAUCCAAGAUGACGACCUGUCCACUUGUCAGCAGCAGCACAGAGCCGCUGCACCGCCGCGUAGCACUGAUGCAAAGUUCAUGUCCGAGCGGAAACACACGGUCCAGACCACAAACCGAGGAGGAUGACAGAGACAAGAGGUUGUGAAGCUGUCUCUUUGCGAAGCGACUGCGCUCUGACUUUAUUUUAAGCUGGCCUUAAGUGAACUGAAUGAAAACACAGAAGCCCCCCUACCUGGAAACCAUCGGAGAACUAAGUGGAUUGAAGAAGGCAGAGAGCAAGUGAGGGAGUCAGAGAGGGAGGGAAGACAGAAGGGAUUAGCAGCUAAUCCAGUGCAAGGACAAUCUUGGAGGAUGAUGCAGACAAAACAGUUGCUGGAUUACAGUACCUUACUUUAUUGCCCUUUUUAAGUAAGCGUCACCCUCUUUUUUCCUUUGCUCUGGUAACCUCUCAAAAGGUCUGUGUCUUGGGUGCAGAGGGACCAGGGAACAGUGGAUAAAGAAGCAGGGCGACAGUCCUGGUGACAGGAUGUCUCAUGGACAGUGUGGUGCCACACAUGGAUAAACCUCUUUAGUGGGAAACAGUGUAUGGCUGUGGACCCCCACCCCGCUCUCUCUGCUUGGAGUUUGAGGAAGACAAGUGCAAAACAACUUAUUGGAUGAGACACAGAAGAUCCUCUCAGAAGUUGGGAUCUAUUGAACACACAUGCAGAAAGGACUCACUGCCAGUAAGCAACGGAGUGGAGACACUGAUGUUUUGACAUUCAGCUGUGUUUUGUGAUUUACUUUCUUUAAAAGUGAAGGAUUAUAGAAAAUAACUGAAGGUUUCUGAAGCCAAAAGGAGAAGGCAGGAGAAAUGUAGAUCACUAAUCACUAAACAAAGGGAUGAACAUUUUCCAUUUAAUGAUUUGUCAUGCAUGUGUUUCAUCACUGCUUGAGAACAGUGCAUGCAGUGUGGGUGGGAUGCUAAAAUAAGUUUAAAAACCACAGAGAACUGACAUAAGGUACUAAUACCAGACAUAAACUCAGGUACUAAUGCUUGUAGGCUAACCUGAAACCUAAAUAAGAGUGUGAAAGGAAGCCACAGUCUGGUGGAAAUGGACCGAUAAAGUUCCUAAACAGAGUUAUUUAUGUAUUUCAUCAAGUGUGCUGGUGCAACACACUGGCCAGUCUCACUUUGUUAUUAAAAUUCUAACUCUCUGCUUCUUAAAAGCUUCUUUUAAAAAGGUAAAAAGGGUAAAAGGCAAAUUAAAAAUACUUUGGUUGUACAAGACUUCCUGGUGAGGUGAUCCUCUUAGUGUUGCAAGCAAAACACAAGUUGUUCACACACACAGUUCUCCAAGUCUAAAAAGAGAUAAGUGAACACAGUGUAAACAUCAGUUUGUUUCUUGUCUUUUGUAACACAAACCAGCUGAGUUAUUUGACUGAAACUACAUCUCAAUGUGUUUGCAGUUGCAGCUGGACUUUGUGUUUCUGAACUGUCAUUCACUGAACCAAAUCUGAACAAGGAUCCAGCAAGUCCCACACUCCAACCACAUAAGCUGUGGUAACCAGAGCGAAUGAAGUAGGACCUUGUAAUUCAUCUUCUUUGUUAUUUUGUCAUGAAAGCUGCUGUUGUGCAGGAGAAGUGAGCUGAGUGUUUGGUCAUUUUGGACAGAUGUGCAGUGCUAGCUGUGCAUGAGAGAGAAAGAGGAGAAACAGAACGGGAUGUCGACGGGGACUUGACUGACUCUACAUCCAUACUGGCAUCUUUCAGUGUAGAUCCAAAAGGGAAACUGUGGGCCGAGAGUGGAUGAAUAGUUGGCUCUGGCAGUGUGGAGAAUGGAUUACAUACACAUUCUCUGCCGACUGAACAACCACAUACUUGUGUUUUCUGUUCUCACUGUCCCGGCAUUUACAAUUUUUUCUCUCUCUCUGGUUUUACAGUGGACCCUAAACUGGAAUUUAAACUUGACUGACAUGUAAUUAGAGCUCAGACACCCUCAUUCGAAUUAAAGGGAAAUUACACAACUUUUCUGCCACCAUGAGUCUGGGAAAACUGCCAGGGAUUAAGGGCCUUGUGUCUGGCUCUCAGGGGAAACGCCGUUUCAAGAGCGAGCUCUCUGUGGAUAUGAUCAGCCCGCCGCUGGGUGACUUCCGACAUACUAUGCAUGUUGGUCGUGGUGGGGAGGUGUUUGGUGACACUUCCUUCCUUAGCAACUACGGAAGCUCCAGAGAUCCAGGAAGUCCAGACUCGGCAAACAGUUCCAAGACAACCGGGUUCUUCACACGUACCUUUCGGCAUGUGCGGAAGAACUCUGGGCAGCGGCCGCGAGGGUUUUCCCGUGACUUGUCAUCCCCACCACCAGACAUCUCACCUAUCAUCAAGAACGCCAUCUCCCUGCCCCAGCUGAAUAUGGACUCCCCCAAUGGGUGCCGACAGAGGGUGCUGUUUCCCAGCUCCAUCAGCUCAACAGAUGACUCCUUCUGCACAUAUGGUCUGCAGUCUGGGUUUGUCACUCUGCCCCGCCUCUCUCGCCUUGACAGACAGUUUCAAGAUGGAGACAUCCGGAAAGGGUCUCUACCGGACAGCAGUGGCAUCACACUGACACGCUCAGACUCCCUCACCUCGUUCACUGUAGACCUUGGCCCUUCCCUUAUGACUGAGGUACUGAGCUUGAUUGACAACCCCAGCUGCCUUCAGAUGUCCAAUCACAGCCAGGCAGCAGGAAAGAAAGAGGAAGGAGAGCAAGAGGAAGAAGAGGACGACAGCUCUCUAACAGAGACGCCUGUGCAGAGCCCUGGGGCAACUUCACCCAACCCUUCCAUGGGUAGCGGGUCAUUCAGCAGGAUCAUGAACAACAGGGGGCAGUCUUGUAGCUCUAACUGGACAGAGCAAGAGGAGGAGAGGAGGUCACUGAGGACACCAGAUAUGAGCGCUGGGUCUCCUCAAAGAGAGGAGCCUGUAAUGGAGGCAGAGAGGUUCCAGAAAGCAGCUGACGUGCUGUCUCGCCAUUAUGGUGGAGGGUCCUUCACAAAGGGAACCAGGAUAAGUAGCAACACCACCUCUCCUGCUGUUUCCCACAGCAGCAAAACAUCAUAUGCCUUUUCUGAAGAGGAAGAAGAGAUCAAAGUCUAGAUGUUGAAACUCUUUCUGAAAGAGAGAAGACACUUCAUUGAUCCGGUAAAACCAUAAAAACUUUCCAGUGACCUGAGUUCUGGGUGUAUUUCAAGUCAGAGAGGCUGGACAUUGUGUGAUAUUCUGUCGUUCCUCCAUAGAAACAUUCUUCCUCUUUUCACAUGCAUCUACAUUGAUCAUCUACCGGAUCCUGGUCUGUAUGCAGUUUCUGCAGCAUGGAUGUUUAACGGUAAACUUGACCCUGGACCUUCCCCUCUCUCUGCACUAUGUUGCUGCCGUGAUUUUAUACAGAUUAAACCAUUCUAAAGAUAUAAGUCACUGAAUGAGUUUGAUGCCACUAAAUUGAUUCUUGUCAAGUCAAAUUAUUAAUAAUGAGUUUCAUCAGUAACAAAGAUUUAAAAUGAAAUGAAGUAUGAAUGAAUGAAGUUAUCAUGGUUUUGGGUUUGUGUUCUGUUAUUUCCUGUUUUAUUUUGGUAAGUGUUCUACCUCAUGUGUGUUUUUUUAGUUUUACUUCCUGUCUGUGUGUGUUUUUUCGCCUCCACUUUUGAUUAUCUGCCGUGCCCUAAUUAGUCGUACCUGUGUCUCGUUGUCUCCCCUACCUGGGUGUAUUUAAGUCAGAAUGUUUCCGUCGUUCAGUGUCAGAUCGUCUUUGUACCAGGUGUCAAGCGGCCUGGCCUUUGGGCACCAUGUUUGGUCUUGGACUGAUUGUAUGUGUUUUGGAUUUUAUCUGCUCCCUCUUGGAUUCAUUUGCCUGUUUGGAAUGCUCUCCUGGUUUUUUAAUUUCUGCCUGUCUGACUACCCAUGUCAGCCUUGUGUUCUCUAUUAAAUCAUUGAUCUGCACCUGCUCUGCCUCCUAUUCUGCAUUUGGGUCCUAUUCCCUGUUUCUCCUGCUUGACACUAACUAUGACAGAAGUUUGUCCCACCUGCAUUAAUAAUAUUCGUAACCUUUGACUGAAUAUACUGGAGAGCAAUGAAUUUUUAAUGGACUCUGAUUUUUCUAUUUUUUUUUCAUACUAUACAUAAUCACUCACUACAUAAUCAUGAUGUUCAACAGAAAAAUGUAUUUUACAUAAACACACUCAGGUUCAAAGGUCUGAGGCGUCACGAUGAACCUGAAAUUUGAGGAACACUGUAUAACAACUGUGAUAAAACCUCUGUACAUUGUGAAUAAAUUAACUGUAAACAGGAAUAACGGUGUUAUAAAACGUUAGUUGUACAAUUACAGCUGCUGUUCCUCCAAAGUCUACGUGAUGACUGAACCUGUAACAUGUUUAUAGGAUUGUUUAUCAAGCUUUUAUCAGUAUUAGUUACUUUUUUUCUAAAAUGAUAUGGCUGAUGUAAUGAAGUCCUGAUUUGCAACAGAAAUGUAA